AGGUCUCUCUUAUUUCGUCUAAAAAGAUUAUUUUUUACUCAUAUUUCAUCUAAAAAUCUUUUUUUUUUCACUUGAAUAUCUCUUAUUUCAUCUAAAAAUCAAUUCUUGACAAUCGGGUAUCUCUUAUCAAAAUCAGUUCUUGUCAUUUAGAUAUAUCUUUUUUUAUCUAAAAAUCAGUUCUUGUCAUUUCGGUGUCUUCUACUUCACUUAAAAAAUGAAUUUUUUUUACUUAGAUAUCUCUUAUUUCGUCUAAAAGUUCGUUAUUUUCACUUGUGUAUAUCUUAUUUUAUUGAAAAAUCCAUUCUUUUCACUCGGGUAUCUCUUCUUUCCUCUAAAAAUCAAUUCUUUUCACUCGGAUAUGUCUUCUUUCAUCUAAAAAUCAGUUCUUUUCACUCGGAUAUCUCUUCUUUAUCUCUUCUCUACUCUAAAAAUCAAUUCUUUUCACUCGGAUAUCUCAUAUUUCAUCUAAAAACAGUUCUUUACACUCAAGUAUCUCUUAUUUCAUCAAGAAAACUUCUCAUUUUCUCUUCUCUAACUUCAUUGAAUUUGAGAGUCAAGCUCAGUUUAAACAAUGGGGGAUGAGAACAAGAAGAAUUCAGUUAGCUCUGAAACCGCGCGAAUUUCGGUUGAAGUUAACAAUCUUCCUAAUUUUCUUCAAUCAAUCAGGCUCAAAUAUGUGAAACUUGGUUACCAUUACUUGAUCAGCAAUGCAAUGUAUCUGUUUUUGGUUCCUGUUUUGGGAGUUCUUUGUGUUCAUGUUAUGACUAUUUCAGUUGAGGACCUGAUCCAAUUAUUGGAUAAAUUGAAGUUCAAUCUUAUCACAGUGAUUUUAUGUUCUGCUGUUGUUGUUUUUCUGGGGACACUUUAUUUCAUGACAAGGCCUAGAAAAGUGUAUUUGGUUGACUUUUCAUGUUAUAAGCCUAAGCCUGAUGUUAUGUGUAGUAAAGAAACUUUCAUGGAGAGAUCAAAACAAGCCGGGAUUUUCACUGAGGAGAAUUUGGCCUUUCAGAAGAAGAUACUAGAAAGGUCGGGUUUAGGUCAAAAGACGUAUUUUCCUGAGGCACUUUUGAGAGUGCCCGCGGAACCUAACAUGGCUGAGGCAAGGAAAGAGGCUGAGAUGGUGAUGUUUGGUGCUAUCGAUGAGUUGUUGGCGAAAACUAGGGUGAAGGCUAAGGAUAUUGGGAUACUUGUGGUGAAUUGUAGCUUGUUUAAUCCAACACCAUCACUUUCUGCUAUGAUUGUUAACCAUUACAAGCUCAGGGGAAAUGUUAUGAGUUAUAAUCUUGGUGGAAUGGGAUGUAGUGCUGGACUCAUUUCUAUUGAUCUUGCUAAACAACUAUUGCAGGUGAAUCCUAAUUCUUAUGCACUUGUGGUGAGUAUGGAAAACAUAACACUCAAUUGGUACUUUGGCAACAACAGAUCAAUGCUUGUCUCAAAUUGCAUAUUUAGGAUGGGAGGUGCUGCAAUUCUGCUGUCGAACAGAUCAACAGAUCGUCGACGUUCCAAGUACCAACUCAUCCAUACAGUACGUACACACAAGGGCGCGGAUGACAGGAGCUAUGGUUGUGUGUUCCAGGAGGAGGACGAGAAGAAGGAGAUUGGUGUUGCCUUAUCGAAGGACCUAAUGGCUGUUGCAGGGGAAGCACUAAAAACUAACAUCACAACGCUCGGGCCAUUAGUUCUUCCUAUGUCUGAGCAACUCCUUUUCUUCAUGACAUUAGUCGCGAGGAAGAUCUUUAAGAUGAAAAUCAAGCCUUACAUACCUGAUUUCAAGCUGGCAUUCGAGCAUUUCUGUAUACACGCUGGUGGAAGGGCAGUACUGGAUGAGCUCGAGAAAAAUCUCGAGCUCAGCCAAUGGCAUAUGGAGCCAUCAAGAAUGACACUUUACAGGUUUGGUAACACAUCAAGUAGCUCUUUAUGGUAUGAAUUGGCUUAUACUGAAGCUAAAGGGAGGAUCAAGAAAGGAGACAGAACAUGGCAAAUUGCAUUUGGUUCUGGAUUUAAAUGUAACAGUGCUGUGUGGCGCGCGUUAAAGACGAUUAAUCCUGCUAAAGAGAAGAAUCCAUGGAUGGAUGAGGUUCAUGAAUUCCCAGUUGAAGUACCUAGAAUUGUCACAAUUAAUGAUUCUUGAAAAUAAUUUUUAAUUUUCCUCCAGUAAAUGUUACUAUGUAAUAGUAGUAUUAUCAUUCUUUGUUACCUUAAAGAUUGCAAUGCACAAUGUAAUUUGAUUUGAUUAUUUAUAAAAAGUGAUAUCAAAUAUUCUAUUUUCUAGCAAA